GACGAUCGGGGUGGGCGACGUGAGCAAAGACAGAGCGAAAAUGAGUUGUACCAGAGCAGUGUGUGUCACGUCGAAGCAGUUUCGCUCGCAAUAGGGAGGUUUUAUUUUGACAGUGCGAUACGCGGGCGGCCAGCGCGAUGUUCAGCGGAACGACGCGUUCUUGAGCGAAGCCGAGUAGCGUCGAGUAGCGCGCGUUCGUCGCGUAAGAUCAGAAAUAUCGUCGCUCCCGGGCCCGAGCUUAGUUGGAGACGAGCGGGCGUGCUGUGUGUGUGCUUGCAUGUGUCACUUGAGUGCAGUGCGAGCGGAGAGCACGUAGUAUACCUAUAUACCUACCCUGUACGCGUGUUAUUACGCACGAGUAACGUUCACGCAUCAUUUGCGACGUUGUUGUUAUUGUUGUGUUGUUACUGCCGCCGUCGCCGACAUCAACGACGCAGACGCUGCCGCUGCUGUUUUUGCACGCUAUCACCCACGAGUCGGAGUACGUCGCCGGUUGUGAUCAUCGGUAGAGACCAAAUGCGGGACUGAGAGAGCCGUGAGAAUUAAAAAACGUCGUCGUCACCGAUGAGUUUUGGCCUGCUGUUCGCUGCUGCCUUUCUAACUAAACACGUGUGAUGCCCGGGAGCCGCUCCAGUACGGACCCAGAGCACAAGUCACCGCGGGAAAGUGGUGAGGAUUCCGAGGAUGAGAGCGAGAUCCUGGAAGAGAGCCCGUGCGGGCGGUGGCUUAAACGCCGGGAAGAGGUAUAUGUAGGUUCCAAAUCCACAUUAGCAGAAGGUACUAACUUUGGAUCAACGAGAGGAACCGAAAACGAAAUAGCUGAAAUGGAAGUGGAACAACGAGAUGUUCCUGGAAUUGACUGCGCCUAUCUGGCAAUGGACACAGAAGAAGGUGUCGAAGUUGUAUGGAAUGAAGUGCAAUUUUCGGAAAGAAAAAAUUUCAAGUCCCAAGAAGAAAAAAUACAGCUUGUUUUUGAGAACCUCACACAAUUGGAGCACGCUAACAUUGUUAAAUUUCAUAGGUAUUGGACAGACACCCAUAAUGACAAACCCCGAGUUAUAUUUAUAACAGAAUAUAUGUCAUCCGGAUCUCUAAAACAGUUCCUAAAGAGAACAAAACGCAAUGUGAAAAAGUUGCCUCUACAAGCAUGGAAACGAUGGUGUACGCAAAUACUUUCUGCGCUCAGUUAUUUGCAUUCCUGCUCACCUCCUAUUAUCCAUGGAAAUCUUACCUGCGACACUAUAUUUAUUCAACAUAACGGACUUGUAAAAAUUGGCUCAGUUCGCAAUAUUUUAAUUACAGUUGCGCCAGAUGCGAUUCAUCACCACAUUAAAACUUGUAGAACGAACAUGAAAAACAUGCAUUUUGUGGCUCCAGAAUAUGGAAAUUCCGUUACACCGGCCAUUGAUAUUUAUUCGUUCGGGAUGUGCGCUCUCGAGAUGGCCGCGUUGGAAAUCCAGGGAAAUGGUGAUACGGGUACAGUCGUUACCGAAGAGAACAUCCGGAAGACAAUAGAAUCUUUAGAUGAUGUUCAACAAAAAGAUUUUAUUCGUAAAUGUCUUCAGGUGGACCCGCUUAGUAGACCGAGUGCGAGAGAGUUGCUGUUUCAUCCCGUUCUUUUCGAAGUGCAUUCUCUCAAGUUACUCGCAGCACACGCGUUGGUCAAUUCAGCUACUAACAUCUCGGAAACAAUCACGGAUGAAGUGUUGCAAAGGCUAUAUGGGCCAGAUACCGUAGUCGCCGAAGUAAAAUAUCAAGGAAUGCUGCCGCAACAAAUACGGUUGAGUGAUAUUCCCGUUACAGAAAAGUUAGAGAAAUUUGUUGAAGAUGUAAAAUAUGGAAUAUAUCCAUUAACCGCAUUUAUGGCGAAAUUACCUCCACCUGCUCGACCGAGAGCGAUAUCGCCCGAAGUAACGGAAUCGGUUAAAUCUGUUACGCCUGAACCUGUGGAUGUGGAGUCAAGACGAGUAGUUAAUAUGAUGUGUAAUGUUAAGCCUAGAGAAGAUAGUAAUGAAUUACUUAUGACAAUAUUGUUACGAAUGGAUGACAAAAUGAAUAGACAAUUGACAUGUCCUGUGAGCCAAACGGAUACUUCGAUGCUUCUCGCGCAGGAACUAGUACAUUUUGGUUUUAUUAAUGAGAACGAUCGUGAUAAAAUAGCCAAUUUAAUUGAAGAGGCAUUGAGGAGAUAUUUCAACAAGCAAAUAAUGACACCGGGAAUAGUGUCGUUAACUAAUCUUCCUACUCAAACUACUUUAUUGCUGCCUGAUCCGGAAUUUCCAUGUUUGCAACACUUCGACAAUUCCGUGUGCAACGCCACAACAUCCAAUAGUGAUAACGCAACCAAUUUGCUGCCAAAAACCUCAGGUAUACCUGUGUCAAGUAAUAAAACGAGUAAUCUCCACGACGAUGCGGAACCGCCGACAAUCAGCGAGAGCGGUAGUUAACCAUCCAGGACAUCUGACAACUCAGUUUACUGUGCCACUUUGCACGCUUUAUGUAUAGACUGGCUAUGUAUUUUUAUAUUUAAGUAAACAGAAAGGAAAAGUAUGCGUGAGAGAGAGAGAAAGAGAGAGAGAGAGAGAAAUGGAAGUUAAAAUGGGAAGGUGCCGUGGCUAAGCUUCUAGACUGAAAAUGCGCAAGUUAGAAAAAUCUUCAUUUUCGUUUAGGUUAUCCAAGUAACAGCAGGUUUCUGAUUUUCUGUUACUUUCGUUUCAUAUUGGCUUCGUUUUACGAGUUCGUUUUUUUCUUUUUUUGUUUUUUUUAUGACACACAAAGGUUUAUCUGUUAUAUCGUUUAUACAGAUAUGCAAUAAAUUGACAAAGGGAAUGUAUGAAUUUGAUGUAAAAAGACCAAACUAUUCUUGUGAUUGUAUGACUAAAAAGAUAGAGGUUUGCUGAAAUGUUCAUAUAUUGCACGAAAAUGUGCUACAUAUAUACUGUUUGAUACGUUUUAUUAACUACCCGCUGGUAGUUUAAUAUAGUUAAGAUAGAUUUAUUAUGUAAUAUGUGUUUCUCUCACUUGAAAUUACGAAAGGUGAAAAUUAAUUAAAUUUAUGGAAAUUGUACAUGUUGCUCUUUAAAAUGAUGCGUUGUAAAAUUUAUUUUGUGCGUACAAAUUGACAAGAUUUCAAUUUUAUCAUACGUACAAAACUUAUCUUUUCAUUGUAUAGCUAUUAUAAUUAUAAUUAUUAAUUAUAAUAUUAAAAGACAUUUGUGUAGAUUUUCUCUUUCAGUUCUUCUUUCGAGCGAAUUUCAGUCUAUCGCUACUCUUUUGUCAAAAUACUCAUUAAAAGCUACUAUAAAAAAAAAAAAAUCUGUCUAAAAGUGAGCGAAUAUAAAAACCGAGACACACGAUGCUUUUCUCACGACUGAUCCGUUCUUAUUAACUUCGUAACAUACGUUGAAGGCACAACGCAUGCGUUACGCUCGGUCUAUGUAAAACGCAGGUUACAGAGUCUCGAGGAACUGACCACUAGUUGAUUCCUGCGACUUGUAUGGACAAGAGAUUAUGAAUUCUUGUGCAGACAACAUGUGUCAAUGUAUUGCGCAAUAAUGAUGAAAUUUUCGAUUACAUGCGAACACCAGAUCAACGAAUCGUAAUUUGGAAACCGAAGCGUCAAAUUGUUACGGUGCUCGCAUGCUCGAUCUAUAUUACGAAGAACAUCGUGGGUCGCAGGCUUAAAGCGUUCGCAAGAAAGAGAAUAAAGCCGCUUGCUUUUUUUUAUUUAUCAUACGUUUAUUUUUUUUUUUUUAAUUUUAGUUGCAUAGGUGAAAUCAGUACGCGAUUGCGAUUAUGACGUAAUACCUGGCUCAACAAAUUAAUUUGAUAAAUAAUUAGUUAAAGCCACGGCCCUGUUCUAUACUUGGGUAUUAUUGAUGUGAUUAAACCAAGACGAUUAAAUCUCUAUAAAAAUUAGCUGAAAAAAUCCUUGUAAAUACUUUAUAUUUUUAAGAAAAAAAAAAAAAAAUCUGUUGA